ACAGUGUUGGAAAACAGCGCUGUUUACGUGGCAGCAAAAAGAGCAAAAAAAUCGAAUUGGGGAACUGACGUGGAAGUUCGUUUAGCUCGAAAUUAUUUUUGUUUUUCAACAAGCGACUCGUGCGCCGCGGCCGUCGAGAGUUGAGGCCAACACCGAGUGGCCAAAAGUGAGGAGUUAGUGGUCAGGAGUCCGGCCGUGCAGCCCCCAAAAUUGCCAAAUUGCAGUGGCGAACUUUGAGCCAACCCGUGUUUUCUCUCCGUUUCGCGUGAAAGUUGUUUGGUGAUUUCGCUUUUAGCCCUAACUUUAUUUAAAAGGGUGAUUAAUACGGCCAAGAAAUGAAUCCGAAUAUGUACGGACCACCGCCGACGCAGUUCCAACAGCAGCAGCCCCAGUUUGGGGCUCCUCCGCCGAUUUCCGGAGGCUGGCCACCGCAGCAGCAACAACAACAGCAGCAGCAGCAACCACCACAACAACAACUGCCUCCGCCGCAGCAGCAACAACAACCACAAUACGGAGCACCUCCACCAACAUCGGCGGCACCACAGGCUUACCUCAACGGCAACUACCAACAGCAGCUGGCCACGUCGAUGAGCGGUUUGAAUGUGGGCGGCGGUGGAGGUGGGGUCAAUCCCCUUAAGCCACCGCUCCCCCAAGGAGCUCCCAAUACUUCCGCUGGACCACCACCAACCGGUUUCAAUCAGUUCAACGCAAAUGCGGCACCACCUCCGACCAACAACAACAAUGCUGCAUAUGGUGUUCCACCGACGGCGACUACGGGUGGUUAUGUCAACGGAGCACUUCCGCCCAGCAGCACACCACAGAGCGUGGCCAGUGGGAUUAAUCAGAUGAGCUUGAACAGCGCCAGUUUGGCGGGACUGCCGCAUAUGCCGCCUCCGAAAGCUGCGACGCCUGGAGCCGCUCCUGGUCAGCCUCCAGUGCCUGGAGCAGGUUCUUCUCAGCCACUGCCUGGGCAGCCUCCACUUCCCGGUCAGAUUCCCACAUCCCAGCCUGCUCCUGGCCCUUUUGGAGUCCCAAGUUCGCGACCGGGACAGCCCCAGCUUCCCCCUGUGUCGGCUCCGCCAACUUACACGCAACCUGGAUUGCCGUCCCAGCAGCAGCAGGGAAUUCCCCCACUCCAGCAGCCGGGACUACCACCCCAGCAGACGGGAUUUCCCCCACAGCAGCCUGGCUUGCCACCGCAAACGCAGCCGGGCUUGCCACCGCAGGCAGGAGCUUAUGGAGCACCCCAACCAGGCGGCUAUCCAGGUGGCUUCCCAGGACAGGCUCCCGGAGGCUUCCCUGGAGCACCACCAAUACACCCUGGGCAGCAGCCAGCAGCUCAGCCACAAUUCGGUGCCCCGCAACCGGGCUAUCCAGGUCAGCAGCCGGGUUAUCCUUUGCAGCCGGGACAGCAGCCCAUGCCAGGAUAUCCACCACAGCCAGGACAACAGGCAGGAGCCCCAGGAUAUCCACCGCAGCCAGGUGGCGGCUUUCCAGGCCAGCCAGGACGUCCUGGCUUUAAUCAACCUCCAAUGCCGGGGGCAGGAAACAUGUACCAGCAGGCACCGCAGCCACGUCGCCUGGAUCCCGACCAGAUGCCUAAUCCCAUCCAGGUGAUGGUCGAGAACCAACGUCUAGCUGGCGGGCCGUUUGUAACCAAUCAGCCGGGCUUGCUGCCUCCAUUGGUGACCACCAAAUUCGUGGCUCACGACCAAGGCAACUCUUCGCCGCGCUUCCUGCGCUCAUCGCUCUAUUGCAUACCCAAUACCGGAGAUCUUCUCAAGACCACUGCUCUGCCCUUGACGCUGAACAUCUCUCCGUUAGCCAGGAUUGCUGAAGGGGAAAUGGAGCCACCGAUUGUGAACUUCGGCGACAUGGGACCGAUCCGUUGUAACAGAUGUAAGGCGUACAUGUCGCCCAACAUGCAGUUUGUGGAUGCUGGCCGGCGAUUCCAGUGCCUGAUGUGCAAGGUGACCUCGGAGGUUCAUCCGGACUACUACCAGCAUCUGGAUCACACUGGACAGCGAGUAGACAAGCACGAACGACCUGAGUUGCUGCUGGGCACCUACGAGUUCCUGGCCACCAAGGAUUACUGUCGGAACAACACUCCCCCGGAAGUUCCCGCCUUUAUCUUCAUUAUCGACGUCUCAUACAACACAGUGAAGUCGGGUCUGGUUCAUCUACUAUGCUCCCAGAUCAAGAACAUACUCAAGCAUUUGCCUGUGGACCAGGGUCAAGAUAAAUCCAAGGUGCGAGUGGGUUUCAUUACAUACAACAGCACCGUGCAUUUCUACAACAUCAAAAGUAGUCUGGCCCAACCCCAAAUGAUGGUGGUGGGUGAUGUUCAGGAGAUGUUCAUGCCCCUGCUCGAUGGAUUCCUGUGUCAUCCAGAGGAGUCUGCAGCUGUAAUCGAUGCUCUGAUGGAAGAGAUUCCUCGUAUGUUUGCGGAUACUAAGGAAACAGAGACGAUUCUGUACCCAGCGAUUCAAGCCGGUUUGGAAGCUCUCAAGGCUUCCAAUGCAUCUGGAAAGCUGCUGGUGUUCAACUCCACGCUCCCCAUUGCUGAAGCACCUGGCAAACUGAAGAACCGCGACGACCGAAAACUUCUGGGCACGGAUAAGGAGAAAACCGUACUCACCCCGCAAACUACUGCUUAUAACCAAUUGGGUCAAGAGUGCGUCCAGCAGGGCUGCUCAGUGGAUUUGUUCGUGUUCAACAACGCUUACAUUGACUUGGCCACGAUUGGACAGGUUCCUCGGUUGACCGGUGGCGAGGUGUUCAAGUACACGUACUUCCAGGCGGACGUGGAUGGCAAGCGACUGAUCGAGGAUAUCAUUAAAAACGUAUCAAGGCCGAUUGCCUUCGAUGCAGUGAUGCGAGUGCGCACAUCUGCAGGCAUUCGACCCACGGAGUUUUUCGGCCACUUCUUUAUGUCCAAUACAACGGAUGUGGAGCUGGCUAGUAUUGACGCCACCAAGUCGGUGAGCAUUGAGAUCAAGCACGACGACAAGCUGGCGCCAGAGGAGAACGUGUACCUCCAGGUGGCACUGCUGUACACCUCGUGCAGUGGGCAGCGACGUCUGCGUGUCCUGAACCUGGCAUUGCGGGUUACCACGACGAUUGCUGACGUGUUCAAGAGCUGCGACUUGGACGCUAUGAUGCUGUUUUUCGCCAAGCAGGCCUGCUUUAAGCUGAUGGAGCACUCUCCCAAGCAGGUGAAGGAUAACCUUAUUCAUCGAUCGGCUCAGAUCCUCGCCUGCUACCGCAAGCACUGCACCUCGCCCACCUCCGCCGGCCAGCUUAUCCUUCCCGAGUGCCUGAAACUGUUGCCACUGUACGCCUCGUGUUUGCUCAAAAACGAUGCUAUUUCCGGUGGAUCGGACAUGACGCUGGACGACCGAUCUUAUGUUAUUCAGUUUAUCCUGUCUAUGGAUCUAAAUCAAUCCGCCAGCUAUCUGUAUCCCCGUUUCAUCCCCAUCCACAACGUCGUGCCCGAGGAGACGGAUCUGCCGACUCCCAUUCGCUGCACGCACGAAAAGACGCAAGAAGACGGCGCUUACAUCCUGGAGAACGGAGUGCACCUAUUCGUCUGGCUGGGCCAGUCUCUGUCCCCGAACUUUGUGCAGUCUGUCUUUGGCGUCCAGGGACUGCAACAGCUUGCUUUGGAGCGGUUCAAUAUCGUGCCGGAAACGCCGCUGGCCAAGCGCAUUAACGGCAUUCUGGAGCAGAUUAUGAAGGAGCGAUCGCGAUACAUGAGGAUCACCUGGUUACGGCAAAACGACAAGCUGGAGAGCGUGUUCCGGCACUUCCUCGUCGAGGAUCGCGGCACAGACGGCUCGGCCAGCUACGUAGAUUUCCUAUGUCACAUGCACAAGGAGAUCAAGGAUUUGCUAAGUUAGCAUGCCGGCUACUCCGGCACGUACAAACCCGAGCAGCGGUGGGCGAACAGCUAUUCCCAAAACAGGGCUCGGAUGCGUCGCCUGUCGUCCAUGCGCAGUCGCCUCGGCAAAUAAAAGGAGCAGAAGGAUCUGGAUCAGGAGCAAGAACUGGAACUGACAGCUGGAGAAACUUCAAUUAUAUUUACAUAAAAAUACAUAUACAUAUAUAUUAAUUAAUUGCUAUCAUUUCGAACGUAUCAAUUCUUCCAUUAAUUUUAUUAAAGUUUUCACAUUUUUGCAUUGUUUUACUUUAUAUAUAUUUGUAUGUAUUUUUUGAACACUGCUAAAAAUUAAACAUUUGUUAAACGAGGCAACUGCAAAA